GAGCCUUAUGCAACCGCGGCGCAUGCUGGGGUCGAUGUGGAGAAGAGCGGACACUGUUUGGGAUUUUAAAGUUCUUUAAUACAUUUAGUCAGGUCAAAGUCAUGGUUUCCUAUGGUUGUCAGCUCUUCUCUGUCCUCAGUAGGAGGCUUUGCAGGGUGCGAUGCACCGCCGCGCCCUCGGCCCGCGCGCUGCGGCUCUCUGCUGGGCGCCUGCACCCGGCGGUGGGUCAGGGCGCAGACGCGCUGACGGGCGGUCACGGCACAGACGCGCUGACGGGGCGCCUAGACCGCUUCGGGGGGGUGACGGUCGACCUGGCUCAUACCGGCCUGCCGCCGGACAUCAGCGAGGGGGACUUCGGCAGUCUACUUAGAGAGGGGGUGGGCCGGUGGCGUGCGGAGGGCCGGGUGGCGGUCUGGCUCCGCCUCCCCAUCUCUCUGAGCCGCUGCGCUGCGGCGGCGGCUACGCUGGGCUUCACCUUCCACCACGCCCGGGCGGACCAGGCCACACUGGCCCUGUGGCUGGGCCCCGGGGCAAGCAGGCUGCCCGGGUACGCAUCCCACCAGGUGGGGGUCGCAGGCGCAGUGGUGGACGAGUCCAACGGAAAGGUUCUCGUGGUCCAAGACAAAAACAAGACCCUGAACGCCUGGAAGUUUCCUGGUGGACUUUCUGAACUAGGAGAGAAUAUUGGAGCCACGGCGGUCCGGGAGGUACAGGAGGAGACGGGCGUGUGCUCCGAGUUCCUCUCCCUGCUCAGCGUGCGGCAGCAGCACGACCAGCCCGGCGCCUUCGGGGCGUCUGACCUCUACCUCAUCUGCCGGCUCCGCCCCCUCACCUACAGCAUCGACUUCUGCACCGAGGAGUGCCUGCGCUGCGAUUGGCUGCCCAUAGCAGAGCUGGCGCGCACCGAGGAGACCACGCCCAUCACGAGCCGCGUGGCGCGUCUGCUGCUAUACGGGCUGGAGAGGGGCUGGGGCGCCGUGGACCUCCCCAUGGAGACGCUCCCCGCUGUGCACUCGGGCCGCUUUUACCAGCUGUACCACCGGGGCCUGCCGCUAGCCUAGCCUAGCUAGCCUAAGCCAGGCUAGCACAUGGAGCCACCUGAUUCUACCAGCUCUACCACCGGGGCCGGCCCUGGGGCCCGCCUUAUGCUAGCCUAGCAUGCUAACUCAGGCUAGCUCAUCGAGCCACAUGAACACACCAAUAUGAGGGAUACUUGAAGUGUGUUUAGCAUUGGAUAAUGGUUAUUACAAUGUGGCGUAAAAGGUCCCACUACGACGGUGUUAAAGCCGCUGAACACUUAAGCCCCGGACAGCGCCCCCUCAGGGAACAAUGGGUACUGCAGUGGCUGUUGUACCAGGUGAUGUCACCGGACACUGUUUAUUUCUUGUUUCUUGUUGUGGUUUGGGUUUAUGAUUUUUGACCACUUGAGCCAUGGUUGGUUGGUUUAUGUCAAUCAGAACAAAUAUUUAGUA